AAAAUAUUCAACAAAAAACAAAAAAAAAUCCACUAUCCGUUUUACGUCAAGCAAUAGGUCGAGUCACUCCCGAUAUAACAGUCAAAGCAAGACGGGUAGGUGGAUCAACUCACCAAGUUCCCGUUGAAAUAGGAUCCACACAAGGAAAAGCACUUGCCAUUCGUUGGUUAUUAGCGGCAUCCCGAAAACGUCUAGGAAAAGAUAUGGCUUUCAAAUUAAGUUCCGAAUUAGUCGAUGCUGCCAAAGGGAGUGGCGCUGCCGUACGCAAAAAGGAAGAGACUCAUAGAAUGGCAGAAUCAAAUAGAGCUUUUGCGCAUUUUCGUUAAUACAUGAAUAGAGUUUUAGGGUCUGGUCUGGUCUGGUCUAUCCAGCUCAAUUGGAAAAGAAUCAAGAGAAUAAGUAAAGAAUCAUAAGUAAUAGAAAUUGAUUUCGCAAAAUUGACACAUCAAUAAGGAAUAAACUAAGCUCUCUCGGGGACUUUAUGAAAGAGUAACCUCGCGUGAUUACAAUGCAAUUGGCACUUUUUUUAUAGGAAUUGGAAGCAGUUACUAAUUCAUGAGCUAGGAUAUACAGAAUGAAAACUUCAGUUUAUAAAAAAGAUAAUACCUUGGUUAUAUUUCAUCUCUUCAACAAGUUUAGUAAUGAG